GAUAAUUAGGGAAAUAAAAUCUGCAAUGGCUUAUAACUUAAACGAAAGGUUUCCCCCGCCGGCGAAACCAUUCAAGCUUUUGGACCCUGGAGCUUAUCAAAAUACACAACGACCUUUACGUUUAAAUAAAGUUCCGUUCCUCUCAAAAUGUAAACGUGGUUCCGACCUUGGUACUAGAAUAUGGACACACGCCCUUUACAAUACUGCUUUACCUACAAAAAUUCAGAAUUGCACUACUUUAAUGUCUAAUGUUCCUCGAUUUUCUUACGACUUGCUAAGUAAGGAAGACAUAGAAAGGAUUCUUUGCCAAUGUGGUGAGGAUAAUCCAUGUCAAUGUUUUACUGAAGAAGUAAUUUGUCAGGGUAAAGUCAAAAAGAAAUUAUUUAAGGGUAUAACACCCAAAUCUACAAUUUCUGCCUUUUUGAAUAGAAAUAAAAUCAAUAAGAAACAAGAUUCACCGCCAUUCUAUGACGCGAGGGCUCUUGAAUCUACUGCUUUUUACCAUGGAUGUAAAUGGAGUAAGUGGUCACAAAGGGACAAAAAAAUGGCAGAUGUUACUCCCGGCCCCGCAUCCUAUACUAUUGAAUCUGAACCAAGGUAUGAGACGCUCUGUGCUGAAAAAUUAAGAUCUUCAAGGCGUAAACAUUCAAAACAGUAUCGGUUUAUAGAAAUGGUGCAGCGUCGAAAUCUUACCGAGAAAAGACCUGGACCGGCAGAUUAUUCUCCUAAUUCACCUAGAGGGACAGAUAUGAAAUGCUUAGGUGAUAAAGCAGUGAGAUUUGUUAGUGGUAAAUAUGAUAUAAAACCUGGACCUACUGCAUACUAUAUAAAAAGAGACUUUGACAAACUUGAACCCCCAGAAAAAUUCAGUCGCACGAAGUUGCCAAGCCCAUCAUUUUUUGGAGUUAAAGCAGAAAGAUUCAAAUUUCGUCAUGACAAGGACGAUUUCAACCUUGGUAUAACUGGAUCCCUGUGCAUGGUAAGGAAAAAACUCCUGGACCUACAUUCUACUGUCUUGAAAAACCAAAAUGUUAUCCAGCGGUAA